AUGGAGGACACAGCCUCAGUCUAUGAUUUGAAGCGCCAUUUGGAAGCCUUUGUAGACAUACCGGCAGAUAAACAGGAGAUAAAAACACUCGAUCGCACAUUGAACAACUUUGAUGAGCUCUCUAAGGUCGUUAAUCAGGAAAUUGGCGGCGAUAAUAUUAAUGGAGCGGCCAUUUCUCUAUAUACGAACAACCAGUUUUUCUGCUUCUUGCAGUUCUAUAGCCAGGACGAAGGUGAUAAACAGAACAACUUCUUCAGCCAACCGUCAAAUGCUAGAAAUUUGCCCAUUGAUCAUGUGCCACAGUAUUGUGAGAAUAUAAUUGACUCGGAUAAUUCUUGGCAUUCGACAACAUCCGAAUCAGAUUCGACAGAUAACAGCAACAGUAGCAACUCCUCAGAAUCAAGCGAGGAUACGCGAAAUCCUACUCCGAUGAGUCAGGCGAAGCCACACCUAGACAAAAUACGUGUUGUGCCAGAAAUACCUGCAGUUGCACCUUCAGUGACUGCUUCAAAACUCACUGCAGACAGACAAAUUGACAACGUUAUAGUGGGCGAAAAGGCGCCACAGGCUUGUAUUUCCUUUAAUGAAUCUCUUAAUCAGAGAUCCGUACAAGAGCUAAGUCCAGACCCAACUAUGAACCUGUCUGCUCCCUACAUUGCCAUGAAGCCGGAACAACGUAGAUAUGCGCUGGUUAUAAGCCAUGCCAUCGAUGAGCCGCAUUUGGACUAUGAUCGUCUAAUGAAACAUUUUUAUCAGCUUUUUGAGUCCUCUGAGAGUUGUGGUCGCUUAAACUUUAGUGAAUAUGCCUCAAUAACGGCUUACGAUGACAAAUUGUGGAUGCUUUGUGAAGACAAUGAGACGUGCGACUGGAUUGCUACAGGUGUCCGCACUAUGAACGCAUAUAAGUGUUUCAGUUUUAUUAAGUAUUUCGAACUGUUGAAAUGCAGUAUGGUGCUGCCACAAGUUGUUGAAGGAAAAGAGCUGAAGAAUAUUUUUCAUCUGCUCGAACUGCAGAAUCAGGGCCUAAGCACAAAUAAGUGGUGCGUAUUGGAGCGCUCAAUGCUCGAUCAGGAGUCGGAGCAGUUUGCCAGCAAAGCCGUAACCAGUUUAUGCAAAAAUGAACAGCUCAUUCUGUAUGUGGAUCGGGAGAGCAAGAGUUUUAUACAAGAUCAUUGCUUCAAACUCAAGUACUGCUUCUGGAAGCUGACUUUUGAGUUUUAA